UGUGUGCUGACGCUAUGAAGCGUGGGGCCAGAAUCGCAGUAUUUUUAAUAUCGCUUCACUUUACAGGGACUUUAGAGCAGACCAUAUACAAUGCCAACAACUUCUAUAAAUCAAUGACCGAGGAGUACGACGUGAGACAUCGUGGUCAGCUGUUCUUACCACCCUGCAUGAAACAACUUUUGAAUUGCUGGGAACUUGUGAAACCCGAUCUCUUCUGCAAGUAUACCCGUCAAUACAGACAGGCCCUCGAGAGCAUAUGCAUGGACUUGCGGUUCCAAUGCAUGGAGUUCUCGGGACCUAGACCGUUCAACACGGUUAACUUGUCAACUUGGAACUACUGCCCUCCGACCAGAAUACAGCUGUAA